UUUGAAAUGGCAUGUGUUGUAUGAUUUUUGGUGAUUUUCACCAUUCAAUGUAGUCUUUGCAUUCAAUUCUCGUGUUGACUUCUUAAAAAUAUAGGUUAAUAAGCCGAUGUUAAAAAAAGUUGGCAUUUAGUUAAAUUAAAAUUCGCGACAAUUAUUUAGUUUAUUAGAUUGUAGUCACCAUCGCAAUGGAUUAUAAUUACGAACAAUCUAGUGAAGUUGAAGCAUUGGAUUCUAUCUACUAUGGGGAUAUGCAGAUUAUAGAAAAGGAGCCUUUUCAUAAGUUUUCUAUACCUAUUAAAUCAGAAGGAUUUGAUGAUGGCGAGGGUUUGGCUUGUCAAUUAAUUUUUACUUACACAGCCAAAUAUCCUGAUGAGUUGCCCAUUAUUGAAAUAGACAAUGAAGAAAAUUUUGAUGAUGUUGUAGAGAAGAAGGAACUGUUAACACAUUUGGAGGACCAGGGUAAGGAAAAUCUUGGAAUGGUGAUGGUGUUCACACUUGUCUCUGCAGGACAGGAAUGGCUCAAUGAAAAAUGGGAUAAAAUAAAAAAAGAAAGAGAAGAAAAACUUCUAGCAAAGAUUAAAGCUGAUGAAGAAGCUGAAUUGAAACGGUUUGAAGGCACAAGAGUAACAGUGGAAUCAUUUUUAGCUUGGAGAAAACAAUUUGAAAUUGAUAUGGGCAUUCCUGCAAAAAGAGAGAGAGAGAUGAAAGAUAAAAACAAAUUGACUGGAAAGGAACUGUUCCUAAGGGACACAACUCUUAAUGAGUCUGAUCUUAAAUUCUUGGAUGAUGGAGAUGCAGUCAAAGUUGAUGAAUCUCUCUUUCAAGAUUUGGAUGACUUGGAUAUAUCUGAUGAAGAUGAUGCAGACUAUGUUCCUGGGCAAAGUGGUGGUGAAAGUGAUUAGCAUAGGAAGCUAGGCUGCCCAAAUGGGUGGCUAUGAUAGACCAAACAACAUUGCAAUGUGCAUAAUGAGUUUCAGUGAAUUUGUGUAGAUUUACUCAUCUGUUUUGAUAAAAAAUUUGUAAGAGACAAUUUUUUUAGAGGACCUACUUUCAAAACCCUCUAUAU